AUGAUUAAUGCGGACAAGUUUAUCGUGAAACAAUAUCUUGGGAAAGGAGCUUACUCCUUGGUGUUCCAAGUUCAAAGCACCGAAGGAAUAGAUGAAGGGAAGCAGUAUGCGUUGAAAAGAGUUCUCCUACAUGAUCCUUUCUCAAUUCGAAUUGCCAUUCGAGAACGCAGAAUUUUGGAGCGUAUUGCAAAUGAGAAGCCAGACAGUCAGCAUCUACCCAUUCUUUACUACAGUUUUAUUCAUGGUGGCUCUCCUAUACUUAUAAUGGAACUCUUCUCCCAGUUCACAUUGACUGAUAUCCUACAUAAUGCCUUCCUUUUAAAUACUUCGGAUGUUGUGCUGUACACAGCCGAAUUAAUCUCCGGAUUGGAGCAAAUACAUUCGAUGCAUAUAGUCCACCUCGACCUCAACGAACACAAUAUUCUUCUCUCGCAAUCUGGCCACUUGAUGAUUUCCGAUUUCGAUCGUGCAAUUGAUCUUUCCGUCACUCGCAGUUUUGACUACCUUGACUUUAGUUCUAACGUUUACCGUGCAGCACCAGAAAUUCGAAACAAAAUUGCUAUCACAACUAAGGCCGACAUAUGGGCUUUAGGGUGUAUAGUAUCAGCAAUGGUUGGAAGAUCAGUUACCACCAGUGAAUCUUUAAUUACUGCCAAUAAUUUAAUUCGGUGGUGUCUUACUCCAUCUUAUGAAGACAGACCCAGUGCUGUGCAGCUAAAGGCACAUAAAUUUUUUCAACAGGUCAAUUGGGGUUAUAUUGAAAGGCUACACUAUCGCACUCCAUUAUUAGUUACUUCACUACCUUCAGUGCGACAGGAACCUAUGGAUCGACUUAGGCGUCAUUUAAAUUAUAAUUUCACAAAUCGUAAUCCACCCACUUUCUCAUCGUCAUGUUCGAUACCUACCGCAAAUGGAGAUGAACAAUUUUUGUAUGAGUGCGCGUUUGGCCAGAUUCUCACUCAUAUUAAAUACAAACAAUCAAUAUAUCUAUCUGAUGAUGGAACAGAAGUUCGGGGAAGAUCUAACGAUGCAAGAGCAGCAUUAGCCCGUAGAGAUGUGCGCGGAGAAAUCAGGAACUUCAUAAAUUAUAAAUUCGUGAAUAUUGUCAUGCAAGUUGGACAAACCCAAACCGAAUAA